AUGAUGAGUCGCUUUUCCCCCACGUGUAUUAGUAGGGGCAAUCGUAAAGUACUCCUCCCCAAGGUAGGAAAAUCCCAUUUUACGGGAGUGUCCCACAAAAUACACCAGCAGGAGAAGCAGUCGGGGAUGUUUGAAAAAUUAAUACACAUAGGCAAGUACCACAUUGAGAAGGAAGAAAAAGACGGGUUACAUACCAAAUUGGUGAGUAGGCAAAUUUUAAACAAAUAUAUAGAGUCUAUAAAAGCAGAUUACAACAGGUUGAAAAAGGAGUUAGCGAUUGGGAAGGAAAAUUACAUCAAAGGAAAGUACCAAGAGUAUCUGUUCGACUGCAUACAGAAUAAUGACUACUCCGAUUUAAUCAUUGCAGACGUCAUUUACGAAAAGGAGAAAAAAAUUUUAUGUGUGGGAGAAGGGAACCUAUCUUUUAGUACUUUACUGCAGAGGGAGUUGCGUCCAUGUCAAGUAGUAGCCACUUCUAUGGAGAGCCCAAAUGUGUUGCUAAAAAACUGUGGUAGCAUUUUUUCGAAGAAUUUAAAAAUUUUAGAAUCGUGUGGAGGUAUCUAUGUUCCCGAAGUUGAUGUAGAAAAAAUUGGAGAGCAUUUUCUGCACAACACAUUUGACGUGAUAAUUUUUAACUUCCCAUUUGUUCUCCCAUCAGAUGACUUCAUACAAACCAAAUGGAACAUACAAAGAGAGAAGCUCCACAGCGACAGGAACAUCUUUCUGAAGUAUUACAAAAAGGCCGAAUACCUCUUACUCAACAGGAUACUUUAUUGGCUUUUUAAAAAUGGGUCCCUCCUACUUAAGGAGAGUGGCUUCCUACACCUUCGCCUCAACGAUAAGUACUUAACGUGCGACUUUUCCAACACGUUUUCUUUAUCCCUUGUAGAGAAGAUUGACUUCUCUUCUUCCUAUUUCAUUUAUAAGUCACUGAGGUAUGUCCCUAGCAUGAUGAAUAAUUCCUCCUGUGGGUCUUCCUCCUCGAAGGGUCCUCCGAGCUGGACAAAAAACGUUAUGUUCACCCCAAAGGGGAAGGUCUUCAGGAGCUUCAAGAUGGGCCACACGUGCACGCUGGUCUUUCAGAAGGGGGCGAGCAACCAAACGGACGUAAACGAUGCUAGUGGCGGAAGUGACGAUAGCUACGGAUAG